ACAGGCGUCGGCAUGUGGUCCAUCUCCGCCUCAUCCAGGCCGUAUCGACCCUCUCAGCCGAUCGCAGCCGGUGGUGCCGAUCGCGGCAGAGGCGGCCCCUUUGUCAAGCCGCUCCCGCCGGCCAGAGGUGGCCGGUGUGAGCCCAAAGCGCAGCGGAGGAGGCCAGCCAGGACCAGUGUCUUCUGGAGCGUUGAGGUUGCCACUCCAACGCCGGGAGGUCGAUGGACGGUCGGCCGCAGCGGUGUGGGGCGGCCCAAUCCGCCGUCCACGGACCGGUCCGACUGACCGCACAAACUUUCUCCAACGCGUGGGAACGGGGCGAGCUCCCAUGGAUUUUGACGAGUUGGAUGAGUUGGAUCCUGUGGAAGUUCCUGACCUGGGUCGGGACCUCGCCGUGAUCAUCCUGGGCGCCACCGGUUACACUGGUAGCUUGAUGGUUGAGCACUUGGAUGCCCUGGUCGACCUACAACCCAAAGCCGAACAACUCAAAUGGGGUGUAGCUGGUCGAAACCUGGCAAAGCUGAAGAACGUGGCGAGCCACUGCCGGAGCUGCCCACAAAUUUUUCACGUCUCCGAUGACGCGCAGUUGGAUCACAUGGUCUCCAAGGGCCGAGUGGUGAUCUCGGCGAUUGGACCUUAUGCUCUUUGUGGGGAGGCUGUGGUGGAAGCUUGCGUGAAGAACUCCACGCAUUACGUCGACAUCACGGGCGAAGUUCCCUGGAUGUAUCAGAUGGUCCAGAAGUAUCACGCUCGAGCAGAAGAGCUCAAGACAAAGAUCGUUCUCUCUGCAGGGAAUGUGUGUGCUCCGGAUGAGAUCUUGUGCUACAGCCUGGUUCGGACGCUAGGACCUUUGAAAGACUAUCGUGAAUAUUUCAGCCAGUUCGGAGGGAUCAGCGGAGGAACGCUGCAGACGAACAUCACUUCCUUGUGCAGCGACGAAGAUGGCCAGAUCAUUGCCAAAGAUCCUUUUUGCCUUGGCGGCAGAGGAAGCAAAGACAGGCCCGAGGAUUUGGACUGCGACCAGGUGGAGGCUGACUCGCUGUAUCCAUCCGUGUAUUUGGCUCCUGCGUACAACAGCUCGACCGGCUCUCGAGUUCUCCGCCGCAGCGCCGAGCUCUUUGCUGCCGAUCUGCGCUACGGCCAGGAGCUGCGGGUGGUGAUCCGCGAGGGGCACUUGCAGCGAGCGAUGGCGGAGCAGCAGCUGCAAUCCUUCUCCACCCCCAAGAAGGAGGCAGCCGACGCCCUCCUGCAGGCGCGCGAAAGGGACCAAGCGCCCUGGCCGGGCUUCGGUCCGCCGAAGGAGCUCCGGAAGCUCUACGGUGCUGAGAUCAUUGCUCUGGCACAGGCGGAGUCAGGUCAUUGGGCCUAUGCUCGCUGGACCUCGGGCUGUGCCUAUGAAGUCUCUGCCAUGUGCGCUGUGUGCGGGGCAUUGGUCUUGGCGGAAGAGGCGGGCGGAGCCGGUGGAGUUCUCACGCCAGCCUUCGCCUUCCAUGGAACCACGUGGAUCGAUCGUUUGCAAGAGGUGCCCUUCGCCAAUCGUGGUGGCCAGAAAAUUGCCUUGGAGAUCCAUGAGGGGAAACCCACUGAAGAGGCCAACAGAAGCUCUUGA